GAUGAGCUAGAAGAAGCAAUUUCUGCUCAUACAGCAAGAGAACAAACAGCUGAAUACUCGGAUGACUUUGAGAGUGACGAAGAUGGCAUGUUAAACAGUAUUGGGGAAGAACUUAAUGAAAGUAAUUCAGGUGCUGAAAGCACUAAGAAAUCAGUUGCUGUUGAGAAUCCUCUCUCAGAUGAUGGUGCUUCACAAAAAGCAGCAGAUUUGGAAAAUGAAGCUGCUGAUGACUUGACUUUAUCCUUUCAUGAAAAGAAGCCUCAGAAAAUAAUGCUUUUAGAAAGUGAAAACAUACAGGAUGACAGAAAAGAUGGUGAAGAAGAAUGUUUGGAAAGUCAAAAUGAGGCUGAGAAUAUCAGCAUUCCUUCAUUAGAUAGCUGUUAUAAACCGUCACCUCAACCAAGAAGUAUGUUGAGAAAAAGUGGUCCUGUGGAAGAUCAUGAGCUUAAUAGGUCAGAAGAAAAAAUAGCUUCUAGAAACGGAUUUUCUUCAUUUUCAGCAGCAUCAUCCCUAACUACUCUGAAUGCCCAAGCCAUACCCAAGGAAAAAAGCCCUGGCCCUGAAGGUCCAUGGCUAGAAAGUACUUCACCACCAUUUUCCAUUAAUUUUGCUUCCCACAACGAAAGAUCUGGAGACUCCGAUUUACUGAUGUGUGGAGAAGCACCACCACCUGUAAAAGAUCAAGAUCAGAAGAUCAGCACCAGUGACUUGAAACUGGAGGACAAUAGUAGAAAAUCCCCUUCUGUGACAGAAGUAAUGAUGACCACAGAAUAUGAGAAAACAAAGAAAUUAGAGAAGUCAACAGAUGACAGUUCAGAUGAAACGGUGAAAAUAGUGGAAGGGCAAAUAGUAACUGAUGCAAUACAGGAGGGAUCAGUGAAUGUUCAAUCUGAGCAUGGGGAGGCGAACAACACUUCAAAGGACUCUGUCAAGAAAAAGACGAAAGCUGUUCCAUCAGCUACACCUGUUUCAUCUCAAUAUCUGGGAACAUUAAAGGUGUUGGAGGAUAAACACGUGCAGAAGAACAGUACAGAAUUUGACAAAGCAGAUAGUUUACGAGCAGCUGUCUUCCAGAAUUGGUUGGAAAAGAAAAGGGUCUUUCUACUGGAAUUAAAGAGAAUUGAAAAGAAGAAAGCUGAAAAUCUAAGGAACAGUACUGAAGAGGAAGAAGCUGUUAAAAGACAGGAAGCAAUUGCAUCUUUUGAAGCCUGGAAAAAAAAGAAAGGAAGAGAAGCAAAGAAGUUAAGUGAAAAAAAAAAGCUUGAGGAACUUAAGAAAAAGAAAGCAGCAGAACAGAAUAAGGAGAAAACAGAAGCAGCACAGAAGGCGUUCGAAAAAUGGAAAGAAAGAAAAGUGGAAUAUUUAAGAGAGCAAAGCAGAAAGGAAAAACGGUCUGAAAGAAUUAGGAAGAAGAAAGAAGAGGAACUGGUUGCAGAGAAGAAGAGAGACAGUGUGUCAGCAGUUGAAAGAUGGAAUAAAAAAAAGGAAGGAUAUAUAAACCAGAAGAAAGCAGAAAAAAUCCUAGAGAGAAGAAAGCAAGAAAUACAACAAGCAAAGAAGGAAGAAAAAAAUAAAAAGGCUAUGGAAGAAUACGAAAGAUGGCUGGUAAAGAAAGAGAGGAGAGAGCAGCUUGAGAAGAAGCAAAAGAAGUUGCAGGCUGUCCAUGGGGAUGAAGUGCUUUCUCCCUGGAGUCCACCUGGCAAAGUCACAUAUUCAAGGACUUACUGA